UUGCAGGAGGCAGUGAGCAUGCUGAACUCUCUGCAGCACGGUGGCGGUGUUACAGACCGGCUGCAGUGGCAGAGCUCUCAUCCAGAGCUCCAGCUGCAUGACAUGAGGACCUUCCUGCAGCGUGCAGGCCUCACGUUGGACGAGCUUGACCACCUUAACGCCAUCCAUGUGGCUGGGACAAAGGGCAAGGGAUCCACAUGUGCUUUUACAGAAAAAAUUCUAAGGAAUUAUGGAUUCCGCACUGGAUUUUUCAGUUCCCCACAUUUGGUCCAGGUCAGGGAGAGAAUUCGUAUUAAUGGUGAGCCAAUCAGCAAAGAGCUCUUCACUAAAUAUUUCUGGCAGGUGCAUGAGCAACUGGAUGCAACAAAGGACUCCCAUGGGGGCGCUAUGCCCUCCUACUUCAUCUUCCUGACCGUCCUGGCCUUCCACGUCUUCCUGCAGGAGAAGGUAGAUUUAGCAGUGAUUGAAGUUGGAAUCGGAGGGGCCUAUGACUGCACAAAUGUGAUCAGGAGGCCAUGGGUCUGUGGGGUCUCCUCCUUAGGAAUUGAUCACACGAAUCUUCUGGGGGACACCAUAGAGGAGAUCGCCUGGCAGAAAGCUGGCAUUUUUAAACCAGGAGUUCCAGCAUUCACAGUGAAACAGCCGAGAGGGUCGAUUGCUGUGCUGCAGGACAGAGCCAAGGAGAUGGAGUGUCCUCUCUUUGUGUGUCCGGACCUGGAGAUGUACCGGGUGCCGCCCGGGUCACUGCGUCUGGGCCUGGAGGGUCAGCACCAGCACUCCAACGCCUCCCUCGCCCUGCAACUCAGCUUCAGCUGGUUACAACAGCGUCACCUGCGCGGUAUACAUGUCCGCCUGCCCACAGCCGAGACCACAACACUCUGCCAGGCCCCUGCAUUCCAGCUCAGUCCCCUUAUGGUGAAAGGGCUGGAGGACACGAGGUGGCCUGGGCGCACUCAGAUGCUGAGGCAUGGCCCUGUCACAUACUUCCUGGACGGGGCUCACACCACUCACAGCAUGAUUGCUUGUGUGCGCUGGUUUAGCAAGGCAACCACACAGCAGGAGACACCAGCCGAGGUUUCGGUAGUCAGAGUGCUGCUGUUCAACGCUACAGGGGAGAGAGACUGUGCUGCUCUGCUCAGGCCUCUCGUGUCUUGCCACUUUGACUUCGCAGUGUUCUGUCCCAACGUUGCCGAAACGGCCGCGCUAAGCAGCGCAGAUCAGCACAAUUCCAGUAUGACGGUGGAGAAAAUGCUGACCCGUUGCCUGGACAACCAGAGGAGCUGGCAGACUCUGAGUGAGGGGGAAGAAACACUGGGGGCCAAAUUUUGUAAAGUGGGCAGGCUCCCCCUGGUGGCAGAGCCAAGGAACAACACCCUGGUGUUCCCCUCUAUCUUGAGCGCCCUCCAGUGGAUAAGCCAGGGAAGGGACCCUGUCCUGGCCUCGCUGGGCAAGCCCAUCAUCCCAGUGCACCCCAGCAUCACAUCGAAGGCCCAGCCCCUGAGAGAGGCCGCGGGCAUUCACGUCCUCAUCACAGGAAGCCUACAUUUGGUCGGGGGGGUUUUGAAACACUUGGACCCCUCCUUAGCAAGGUAACUGACUGUUUCAAGGCUGCCCUUAUUAAAGCUGCAUAGACACCAUGUGGUUUUCAGAGGUUUCUCUUAAAGCAGGAAAGUCAGCGGGGUUUAUUUGUCCAGUGGGAGAGCUGUCCCUAGCCACACAUGACAGCGCCUCACAGUGGCUCAGUCACGGCCUCCAACAGCGCUCACCCUUCCUGCCUCAGGCUCUGACUCACCGCCAUGCCUUCAAAGCACAUCUGUUUUUUACAGUGCAAAGCAAGACUGUUUACAUUAAAGUCAGCACGGGGCCGGAGAUACCAUAAUCAGAAGGUUGCCUUUUAUGAAUCUUAUCUUGUUAAAUCACCUAGCUUUGCUACUAGUUUGCUACUGGGCUAGUAGCAGUUACUGCUAUCACAACUUGCCACAAU